UGUUUUCUAGUGAUUGGGCCGGAGAGACACCUUCAUAAGGGGAGGAGAAGGAGAAGCCGAGAGAGAGGAGAGCCUGUCGAACUUCAGUCUCGACACGCACACACAUACACAGAACAUUAUAAAUAAAAAUUGUGCUUACCUGAUAUCGCCGACCCUGCCUUCUUCUUCCCACGAAACAAACUUUAUUACAGUGGUGCCGAAACCCGGGAAGAAGAGGAGACUUCGCUGCCAAGAUGACCACUCCGUCAGCUACUCCAUUCGCGGAAGUGAUCCAGGCGCUCGCGGUCCUCCAUCGCGAACAACAUGAGGCGCUGGUGGAGAUCCGGGCGGACCAGGACCAGCGGUUCCGUGCUUUGGUGGAGGCCCAGCGCGAGGACCGCGAGCUCGUCCGGAGACUGCUGGACCAGGGGAUCCGGCCCGCGUCGACAUCUGCCGCCCACCCUCCCAUCUCCCUUCAGAAAAUGGGGCCUCAGGACGACCCGGAGGUAUUUCUGGACCUCUUUGAGAAAAUGGCGGAGGCGUGUGGCUGGCCACGGGCCGAGUGGCCGGUGAGAGUCAUCCCGCUGCUGUCAGGCGAAGCCCAGAUCGCGGCGCAGCAGCUACCGGCCCAGAAUCUCCUGGACUAUGCUCACCUGAAGCGAGCCAUUCUCCAACGGGCCGGCCGCAACCCGGAAGAACAACGCCAGCGGUUCCGGUCCCUGGAGCUGAGUGAGAGCGGCCGGCCCUUCGUGUUCGCCCAGCAGCUCCGCGACGCCUGCCGCAGAUGGCUGAUCCCGGAUGGCCAGAACAUCGACCAGGUGGUGGACUCAGUGGUGCUGGAGCAAUUCAUCGCCCGCCUCCCCUCCCGAACAUCGGAGUGGGUCCAGUGCCACCGACCCACCGAUCUUGAGACGGCCAUCCAGUUGGCGGAGGACCACCUGGUAGCGAGGUCCAGGGUCGGCGAUACAACCUCUCUCUCCUCUCUCUCUCUUUCUUCUUCUCUUUCUCUCCCCUCUCCCAGACCCAGACAGCAGGGACCUCCUGUGCCAGCGCCGAGGAAGCGGGGCUCUGGGGCGGAUACCUCUCGCUCGAUGCCUCGGUGGGGGGGAUAUCCGGAAAGGGGUGGGGAAGCACGCCCUCUAGUGGUUUCUCCAGCCACAACAGGUUUCUCUCCGGCUCAAUCGGUUGGACCAACUGGCCCCGGGGGUGCAGUGGUGAGGUCUGGGCCGACGUGUUGGCGGUGCGGGGGCGUGGAUCAUAGCCCCGAGAAUUGCUCCGCGAUGGAGGUGGGGGCUUUGAUCCGCGUACCCGACGCCCCGGCUGUCGCCCCCGGUCGCAAUGGGCUAUAUCAGAUACCGGUGAGUAUAAAGGGGGAUAAAUAUCAGGCCUUGGUGGAUUCAGGGUGUAACCAAACCUCUAUCCACCCAUGCCUGAUGCAAGACACGGCAUUGGAUAAAAGCCGCACGGUUAGGGUGAGGUGUGUGCACGGUGAUGAAAUUCACUACCCGCUAGCGGCCGUAGAGAUCCAAUUUCGGGGUCAAAAACAUAGCGUAGAGGUAGCGGUUAACCCGCACCUCAAGCAUCCGCUGAUUUUGGGAACAAAUUGGCCUGAUUUUAAUAAACUAUUAGGGGUUUUGACAGCGGGUGCCUCUUGGAGAAAAGGAUCGACGGCUAGGGGGCGGAUCGCUCAGCUGGGGGAAUCCCCGGUGACGUCAUCGCGCUCUGACUCAGGGGGAGGCCUGGGAAUUUCCCGCUGUAAGGACUUCCCUCUGGAGCAGUCGCGUGAUGACACGCUGAGAAAUGCCAUCGAGCAGGUAAAAGUGAUCGAUGGGCAUGUCCUCCAGCCUGAGCGACCACUCAACUAUCCCUAUUUUGCGAUCAUUAAAGACAGGGUGGAUCGAGUGACCCAAGACACUCAAUCAAAAGAAGAUACCACCCAAUUAUUGGUUCCUAAAAGCCGUCGGGAAAUGCUUUUCCAGGCGGCUCAUGCUAACCCUAUGGCCGGACAUUUAGGUCAAGCGGCCACACUAAAUCGCCUCAUGGCCCGUUUCUUUUGGCCGGGCAUUCACGGAGACGUCAGCAGAUGGUGCGCUGCGUGUCCUGAAUGUCAGCUGGUAAAUCCGCCGGCCACCCCAAAAGCGCCAUUGCGCCCGUUACCAUUAAUGGAGAUCCCCUUCGAAAGAAUUGGUAUGGAUCUCAUCGGGCCAUUAGAGCGAUCCGCACGCGGACACCGUUUUGCAUUAGUCCUAGUGGAUUAUGCAACCCGGUAUCCGGAAGCUGUAGCUCUCCGCAACAUCUCCGCUAAGAGUGUUGCGGAGGCUCUCUUCCGCUUCAUCUCCCGGGUGGGGAUUCCCAAGGAAAUCCUCACCGACCAAGGCACCGCGUUUAUGUCACGCACUUUGCGCGAAUUAUACGAAUUAUUGGGCAUUAAAUCGAUUCGGACUAGCGUCUAUCACCCACAAACAGACGGACUGGUGGAACGGUUUAAUCGCACACUUAAAGCAAUGAUUCGUAAAUUCGUUCACGAAGACGCGAAAAAUUGGGAUAAAUGGUUAGAGCCCUUGUUGUUCGCCGUGCGGGAGGUUCCCCAAGCCUCUACUGGGUUUUCCCCAUUCGAGCUCCUCUACGGCAGACAGCCCCGAGGGGUGUUGGAUGUCGUCAGAGAGGCUUGGGAGGACGAGCCUUCUAACAGCAAAAAUGAAAUUCAGUACAUUCUGGACCUGCGAGCAAAACUCCAUGCACUGGGGCGGCUAUCCAUGGAGAAUUUGCUCAAGGCUCAGAAUGAACAACGCCGGCGUUAUGAUAAGGGCACUAAACUACGAACAUUUUCACCGGGAGAUAAAGUGCUUGUACUGCUGCCUUCUUCUAGCUCUAAAUUACUCGCCAAGUGGCAAGGGCCAUUUGAGGUCACACGGCGAGUGAACGAUCUCGAUUAUGAGGUGGUACGAACAGACAGGAGUGGGGCACGUCAAAUUUAUCAUAUUAAUUUAUUAAAACUAUGGAGGGAGCCGGAGGACGUGGCGUUAGCAACGGUGAUUACAGGCGAGGAUGACCUGGGACCGGAGUGCGUAGACUGUAAUCGGUCGAGUGCUCUGGUCGCCGGGGGUGAUCAUCUCUCGCUCGCCCAGCUCGCUGACGUCCAGCUCCUACAAAAUGAAUUUAAAGACGUGUUCUCACCCCUGCCCGGUCGCACUAAUAUGAUUCAGCACCACAUCGAGACCGAGCCAGGCGUGGUCGUUAGAACCCGCCCGUACCGUCUGCCUGAACACAAAAAAAAAGUGGUUCAGGAAGAAUUGGGGAAAAUGCUAGAGAUGGGGGUAGUAGAAGAAUCACACAGCGACUGGGCGAGCCCGAUCGUCUUAGUUCCUAAGACAGACGGCACGGUCCGGUUCUGUGUAGAUUAUCGUAAAUUAAAUGCCGUAUCAAAAUUUGAUGCGUAUCCAAUGCCGCGGAUUGACGAGUUGCUCGACCGGUUAGGCGCUGCUCGCUUUUAUUCGACAUUGGAUUUAACGAAAGGGUAUUGGCAAAUUCCCCUUUCUCCAAUAUCCCGAGAAAAAACUGCCUUCACAACGCCGUUUGGAUUACACCAAUUCGUGACACUUCCAUUCGGGCUGUUCGGGGCUCCGGCGACGUUUCAGCGCCUGAUGGACAAAAUACUUGCCCGCCACUCAGCAUAUGCCGCUGCGUAUUUGGAUGAUAUCAUUAUCUUCAGUAAUGACUGGCAGCGGCAUAUGCAGCACCUGCGGGCAGUAUUAUCAGCGCUGAGACGGGCAGGACUCACGGCCAACCCGAGGAAGUGUGCAAUUGGGCGAGUGGAGGUAAGGUAUCUGGGCUUCCACUUGGGUCAUGGGCAGGAGGUGAGACAGUUUUUGGGGCUGGCGGGAUAUUAUAGACGAUUUGUCCCUGAAUAUUCGGCCCUCGUCAGUCCCUUAACCGAUCUCACUAAAAAGGGGGAACCAGAUACCGUCCAGUGGACGGAGCAGUGUCAACAGGCCUUCACCAAAGUUAAAGCUGCACUUUGCGGGGGGCCGCUAUUACAUGCUCCUAAUUUUGCUCUCCCCUUUAUUUUACAGACGGAUGCGUCCGAUCGGGGUUUGGGGGCGGUGCUCGCCCAGGAGGUGGAGGGUGAGGAACGGCCGGUGCUGUACAUUAGCCGCAAAUUAUCUAACAGGGAGGCGAAGUACAGCACCAUAGAAAAAGAGUGUUUGGCGAUCAGGUGGGCCGUCCUCACUCUCCGCUAUUAUCUCUUGGGCAAGGAGUUCAUCCUCUGUUCGGAUCAUGCCCCCCUCCAGUGGCUCCACCGCAUGAAGGAUACCAACGCGCGGAUCACCCGUUGGUAUCUCGCUUUACAGCCUUUCAAAUUCAAAGUGAUCCACAGGCCGGGCGCGCAGAUGGUUGUAGCGGACUUCCUCUCCCGGGCGAGGGGAGGGGGGGGGGAGCUGCAGGCCGGACGGCUGCCCGGCCUGAGACGGGCGGUGGGGCAUGCAGGCUUCAGCACAAAAACCUGGUGUGGAUCAGACCCCGUGUUCCCUCAUGCGACGUCUGCCUGCCAAGGGUUGCAAUCUGGCAACCAAGAAACUGUCAGCGGGGUCAGGCAAGCAUAUCUGAGCGCACCUGUCAACGCAGAUGUGGAUUAA